UAUCGUGCGGCUAAUUUUUUUAAUAUCAUAUUUAUAUAAAAAAGCGAAUAAAAAGAGAUCCAUGAUACGCAGUGGCUGUAUUAUGAUAAAAUGUGCGGCUUUUUAGCAAUUCAUAAUCGCGCAUACUUUUAUCGUUUGCUCGUUCGCUUUCGAACGACUUCCGCAAUGACGAGAACACGCAGUGCACACCGAGCGCGGUACAGUCAGUGUUUUAAACGGCGGUCGUUGGAUCGAUUUUUCCUUUGCCACCUGUGUACUGUCACACAAUCGACCGCACACUCGUACAUAUAGAAAGGUAAAAGCUGUACGGAACUAAUGGCAAGGUGAAGCCGAGCUCGCAGUACGCCGCGUAAUUCGGUAGCAAAGGGCCGCGCGUCGUCGGGAACUUCGCUUCCGCUUAUGCUCAAUUAAAAAUAAAUGUGAAAUAAAUGGACUGCGUAUCAACGACUACGACUGUUAUUUGCGCAUUCGUGUUAUUUGUAUGUGCGAUUUCUGAAACAAAGUUCCCGCAUUUUUAUUGCGGGUGCGGAUGGUGUAACGCAAUCAUUCAUUUAAUAUUAUAAUUAAUCGAGUUUCUCUAACAUUCGUUCGAAUUGUACACACAAGCAUCGAAACAUACCACCUGUUCAUCGGACGAGGAAAAACACUAUAUGUUUGUGACGUCAAUCGCAUAACUUAAGUAUACGUUCGAGGAAAAGCGAUGACCGUUUGCAUAGAAAAUGUAAAGCGAAAUUUAGUAGGCGUCGAGAAACGUUCCCUUUCCGGCACGAAAGUUCUUUGAGACUUCGAGAUGUCACUGAUAAGAUAGAUUACAGAAUGAUCGAAGUCACUUCUAAACGAUGAAAUUUAAGUAUCGAACAUUAACUCUUUAAUUGUUUUCGUCUUAUAUCAAUGUAAAAACGUUGAGGGGUGAACUCGUGGAGGAUUUAUUGUCGGCAGAAAAUACGAUUAUGCUCGCUUCGCGACUUUUGUCCCGUGAUUUGUGAGGGUCACCAAUACCGAUAAAAUCGUUAUGAAGUGGAAGAGAGGGCCAUGUGAGUUUCUGUCGCAGAAAACGUUUCUUAUAAUAAAGGAUGACUUGGAUAUUUCAAAAGAUCCGACUAAGACGACAAACGGCAAGAAGGCAGCGGCGAAAAAUGCGGCGCGUAUCGGCACCUGGCCGCCAAAAAUGAAGCGCAUGCAGGUUUUUUGCGAAGAGGAGCCGGAGAGGCCGAAGACGGCGAAUCUUACGAGGCCAAGUGUGCUGGACCCCGCGCUCGUGAAUAAGCUUGACAUGUCAUUGCUCAGUAAGGAAUUGCUCUGCGACUCGAUGACGCGUUUCCAUCAGAAUGGCAAGCCAGUCAGUGGGGGCACGACAUCAUCGUCGUCAUCGUCGUCAUUAUCAUUGCUGUUACCAUCGCCGCCGUCGGCAUUACGACGACGCCAAAGCGCUGUCGUCAACACCACGACGACUACCACCUGGCCGUCUUAUGACGCUCCAGUGCGUCGUCAGCGACGGAGCUUUGAACAGAUUUACGAGCUGCGGGUCGCAGCGGGCCAAAUGGAGGAGAUUGACACAUCUCGAUCGUCCGCAGCCACCGCGACGCAAGAGUCUGCGUCCAGACGAAACACCGACAUCAGAAGGCUCGACGAUAAUAAUAACAAAAACAGUCCUCCUAAAGUGCUAUCGAUGGUGAAGAAGAAGAACUCGCGGACCGGUCUAUCAAAUGAUCUGGAAAUUUUCACCUCUACCUCAAAGACAACAAAAAGUGCGCCAGAGCCUUGCAAAUCUUGCGGGCGUCCAGAUCAGCCGGAGAGAUUCCACAGUCAUCCUAAGGGCAGUCAGUCCAAAAUCAAGGAUAUCCCAUCGCCGAUGACGACGAAACCGAAACCUGUGGUGCCGUCGGUACCAAAGUCCAUUCAAAAGCCGGUGGCGUUGAACUUUCGUAGCGACCGGAACAGGAAUAAACUAGAUGAGGCCGAGACGAAGUCGAACCCGGUCAUUCCUCAGGAUCAUCCUUCUCAGGACUCGGAUCAGCAAAGCAGAUCGUUGUCCGCGCCGAUGAAACGAGGUCCCAGAAGUGUUACAUGCUACGUCUGCGGUCGGGAAUUCGGCACUGCCAGCUUUCCUAUACACGAGCCUAAGUGUAUGGAGAAAUGGGAGCGCGAGAAUAAUUCGCUGCCUUCAUCUCAAAGACGGCCCAAACCGCAAAAACCUACGGUUAGCAUCGAGCACAACGAUUGGAACGCAGCUGCAUGGGAGCAGAGUCAGGAGCAAUUAAUUCCGUGUGCAAAGUGUGGGAGGACGUUUUUGCCUGAACGAUUGCCAGUCCAUGAAAGAAGUUGCAAAGCCACGCCUAAGAAUAACGAACGACUGGGCACUCCAGCGAAUGGACGUAAUGCACCGCCUACUGUUCCCUGUAGUGUUUGUGGACGAAGAUUCGGUACUAGAAGCAUAAAGAUUCACGAGCCUCAAUGUAAUAGGCGGUGGCAAGCCCAGAAAGAUGCCAAUCAGAAAGAUCAAGUCCUUUACAGGCAAAAAUCAGCCUAUAGUGGACAGGGGAGUUCACAGUCAAUGUAUCCGAAUUUGUCGCAAAAGAAAACAGUUACAUGUUAUAUCUGUGGUCGAGAUUUCGGAUCAUCUAGUAUUGCUAUUCACGAGCCCCAGUGCUUGAAGAAGUGGCAUGCCGAAAAUGAUAAGCUAUCGCCGGCUCGAAGAAGAAAGGAGCCGCAAAAACCUGAGACUAUAUAUAUACGUACAAUACAGUCGGCAAUGACGACUUCACUGUUCGCAGAGGAUCCCAGCACGGGAAAUAUGGUGGUUGAUCAGACAGCAACGGUUGAGGCCAACUGGAUGACGCACCUGAGCCAACUGGUACCCUGCAAGCAUUGCGGAAGAACUUUUAAUCCCGAUCGUGUGAACAUUCAUGAGAAAAGCUGCAAAGGGAAUCGUUAAGAAUCUAAUCGGUUCUCUCUUACCUUAACAUCAGACUAUAUUAUACUAAUCAAGUACCGCUUAUAUUUUUUAGAAGUGAUUUGUGUUUUUACAUGGAUAUUAUAUAAUAAUAUCGACUUCUGUAACAUAGCAUAUGGAGAUACUUUUAAGUUUUUUUACUUAAAACUCGCUUAAAACUUUACUUUUAAAACUCGCUUCUAUCUAGGUUUUUAUUAAUUACGGAUGACGUAUUAUUGAUUAUACAAUUCGUGAUUUUCUGUUUUGAGGAAGCACUUAUUGGAUUGACAUGUAAAAGUGAGCGAUAAUAAAAUCAAAGAUUAAAGCACCUGUUGUGCACCUUGCAUAAACGCACGAAUGUUGUUAGAUGUUACGAAUCAGUGCAUGAUUAUAACACAAUUUAAGUUUAAUUAAUUACGCAAAUUAGUUAUCAAUUUACUGUAUAUACGUGUCCCGGAGUUAUCAUUGCUUCGGUCCGCGGAUCUCGUCGAUAUUGAUCCUAGAUGUGUUCUUUGUAGUUGCGCGUUGUGUUCUACAUUUUGUACUUAAAACGAAAUAUAAUUAGAGAGAAAAGAGAAAGAUAAAAAGAUAAAAAUCUAGAGAGAAAAGGGAAAGAUAAAAAGUACAAAGAAUUCAGCUACAAGAAAUAAACAUUUGAACAAAAAACUCGAGCGGUAAUUCCUAAUAAUGUCUUUGUAAUUGACUCGAAUGCGAGUUUUAUAAAAUAAAUUUAAGUCCACUUAAAG